AUGUUUAUUGUCCAUGCUAGGACCUCAGUGAAGGUUGAAGGAUUUGACCUACCAAAGAAAAAUCCUGCUAAGGAAUGGGAUUAUAUAUAUGACCAGAAGAAUCUGUUCAUUGCUAAAGCCUUUUCCACUGCUACUUUCCAGGUGAUAGAGAACAUUAAAUCUUGUCUUUCAGAUGUACAGCUUGAAAUCUUUUCAAAAACCUGUUUUGGUCAUUUCCUUGACCUUCCCGAUUUUAAAGUUCAACCCCAAGUGUUUCAUGGGUUGUUGCUCCGAGAGGUUCAGCAACCUAAUGAUGCUGAGUUGUGGGUUAUGAUACGCGGUGUUAGGCUUAGGUUUAGCAUUGAGGAAUUUGCAUUGAUUACUGGGUUAGACUGUGAAGGUGACUGUAGUGUCUUAGAUUUUAAGCAAGAGGUUAAUAGUCUUUGUGAAAGAUAUUGGCCAACUUCGUCCUCUAUCACUAAGGAAUCUGUUAGGGAAUGUUUUACCACCAAGAGGUGGGGUGAUUCUGAUGAGGAUGCUGUGAAGUUGGCAGUUUUGUAUUUCGUGGAGUGGUUCUUGCUUAGUGGCACUAAGCAUAAAAAUGUACCCAAGUCUAUUUUAGAUGUUGUAGAUAGUGGGAGGUACAAUGAAUUUGCUUGGGGCCGGAGUUCUUUUGAAUUGACUAUUUCCUCAUUGAAGGGUAAGCUUGAUAGUUGGGUUGAGGGGGUUAGGAAGGCAAAGAGUUCGGGAAAGAGGCCGAGUGUUUUUUACACUUUGAUUGGUUGUCCUCAUGUUCUUCAAGUUUGGUUCUACGAGUGUUGUAAGUACAUGAAAGGUAAGUACUGCCAAAAGGAAAGCUCUCGUAUUCCAAGGAUCACUCAGUGGACAUGCAAUAGUCAACCUACUUUCAAAGUUUUGAAGACUACUAUCUUUGAUGUUUCCAAAGAUAAGCUGCAACUUUCAAAUAUGAGGCCCACGGCUGGUGAGUUCAAAGCUUUGAAACUGAGCAGUUUCAAGUUCGACACCGACUUCAACUCUUACAAGAGUCUUCCUGUCCCCGAAGAGCCAACUGUUGCUCAGAGUGACAUUUCUGUCAAGCUUGAGGCCUUUUCUGAGAAAUUUCAUGGGUUGGAGGUCAAGAUCGAUUCGUUGCAUACUUCCCAACAGAAGAUUUCAUCUGAUUUGGUUGAGUUGAAAGAGUUUGUGUCUGCACAGUUUGUUUCUUUUGGUGCUCAGAUGGCUUCAAUGCAGACACAGUUUUCUACUGUUUUUGCCGAUUCCUAUGCCAAGGAAAAAGGCAGUGACUCUUCCAAUGAUGAUGAUGGAGGUGGUGAUGAAGCAGAUUUUGAUUUAAAUGAAUCUGAAGAAACUGAUGAAAAUGAAGAAGAGAAUGUUAUGGGUGAUGACGAAGGGGAGGGUAGUGAAGGUGAAGAGAAGGAUGAUCAAGCCGAUGAAGAUUCUGACUCAAAAGAAAAAAAUGAUAAUGGCAGUGAUGAUGAUGCCACUGAUAGUGAGGAGAAGAAUUUCGUUGAUUUCAAUGACGGCCCUACUCAAAUAGAUGUUGAGGCUACUGUUCAGUCCGGGGUAAAAGCAGUUGAGCUUAUGAUGUCUUCAGAUGGAAUUGGUGGUGAUCCUUGUAAACAGAUUUCAGUUUCUGAAAAUGUUGAGGUUACGGAUCGUCGUCUUGUUUGUUUUGAGAUGGGUGCAACAGGUCUCAAUGUUGAUUCUAACAUUGAACUUGAAGAUGACCCAAUUCCCGUUGAAGAAACUCCUCUUGUUGACAAGAGGAAAUCUAAGAAACCCAUAGCGCUGACGUCUCCGUUUAUGGAGUAUGACUCUUCCAUUUCUAGUUCUAAAGAUGGUUCUGGUUAUGGAGUUGUUAAGUAUGUGGCUGGGUUGUGUCCUCUCGAUGAUAAGAUUGGUGAAGAUGUAGAACAUAAAGACGAGAUUGAUUUUGACUUGUGGCUUGGUGAAGGACGCCGAUCGAAGAAAGAUCCGCAUGAUAAGGAGAAGGUUUACUUGAAGGGUAAGGAUAAGAUUGUUCCCCCUUUUCGUUUUGGCGUGGAAGAUGUUGCAACCAAGAUGUGGUUCCACAAGCUUGCAUAUCCUGGCCAAUGUUUGACUAAUUCUCAUCUGGACAUCAUUUUUUACUAUCUACGUAAAAAAGGAAAGUAUGCAAAGGAGCCAAAGGUUAAGUUCACAACCACCGAUUGCUUAUUCUUCAAAACCAUUCAUGCUUUGUAUGAAAAAAUUAUUGCACAGAAAAAAAAUCUUUCUUUGAUAACUGCCCAGCAUGCCAUUGCUGAUUAUAUAAGAGGUAGAAAAAUGUUAUGUGGUUCCCCUUGGCAUUUGUGCGAUCAUGUUUUCUUUAUCAUCCAUAUGGAGACUGAAUCACAUUGGAUUCUUGGUCGAUUGAAUAUUGAGGAAAGGCGUGUGUACAUGUACAACUCCUUGUCGACUGCUAUGAAAGAUAGUCUCGCUAUCAAAGCUUGUCAGCCAUUUGCGGUGUUGUUGCCCCACUUUUUUGCUUUGUUUGAUGAGUUCAAAAAGGAAAACAAACCGGUUUGUUUAGACCCUUUCGAAGUUGUUAAGGUUGAUGGUUUGCCUCAACAAACCUCGAAUGACUGUGGUUGUUUCGUUGCAUCGUUCGCCGAAUACUUUAUUGAUAUGAAACCGAUUCCUCCCAUAUUUGAUGUUGAGAAACACCGUGAUAGGCUUGUCGUGUUGUUCUAUAAGUAUGCUCGCAUGAAAGAAGUGGAAUUUAUUGAUAAAGUGAAGAUGAGGCUCCUCCAAAGGGUCCAAAGAAGAAUUUGUCUUAGUUAUCUAUUGGUUGUUGUUGGAAAUACUACUUUUUUUUAUGUAGCUUUUGUUUUUUCUAUUACCAGAUUAUGUUCAUAA